AUGGCCUACCAAUUCUUUGCCAAAAGCCCGGCGCGGUCCUCGAACCCGCCUGUAUCUCCUCCUCCGGCUCGACAGGCUCAGCCGCCUAUUCAUCCGCUUCCACCUCAACCGCCGCGGUCCGCAGUCGCGAGCCCUCGACCGACCGCGAAUGCCUCCAGCCAAGAGCCGUUUACGCCUUACCCGGGGGAUCUCUCCGCGAGCCAUGCAACCCCUCACUCGCAUAUCACGGUAGAAACGAUUCGCACGGCUCAUAUUCCUUCCUUGACGAGGAUAACGGGGUUACUGUUGCCUAUCCGCUAUCCAAGCUCGUUCUACACGACCACCAUCACAGACCCCAUCGUCGCGUCUCUAUCACGCGUCGCGAUCUACCAUGACCACCCGGUUGCUGCUGCGCCGAACUUGAGCGCCUCGUCUGGAUCAGAUAAAGUGAUUGGGGGUAUUCGGUGUCGCCUGGAGAGACAAGAUCCAGUUCAAGAAGUUCAAGGCCAUGUUGCCACGAACCUCUAUAUCCAAACACUCCAUCUGUUGUCACCUUACCGCGGCCAUGGCGUGGCUGCCUCACUAUUGAACUCCCUUCUUUAUGCAUCGCCACGAGAUCCCAAGGAUAAACUUCGAUUAUCCGAUAUCGUGAAGCACUACAAUAUCCGCUUCGUGACCGCGCAUGUCCACGAAGCUAACGAGGAUGGCUUGAGAUGGUAUAUCGCUCGUGGAUUCAAGGUGCAGGACGGUGUUGUGGAGGGAUACUAUCGUCGAUUACAGCCUUCAGGAGCCAGAGUCGUGCGGUUAGACAUACAAUGGGACGAAGAGGACAAUGGUCCAAGUCCAAUCACUGAGAAGAAGGAUGCCUCACAGAGUACAGUUCGAAGUGACCCCGACGAUGAAGGGUGGGAGAAACUCGAUGUUGAAGAUAGCGAAGAGGAUGAUCACGGCGUGCAACUAUUGGGCGAAUCUCAAGUCCUGGAAAAGGAUGAAAUGACGCCCUCGAGGAAGCGCAAGGCAGAGGAGGAGAAUGGAAAUAAGCCUCAGCGGAGGUAG